CUUCCAAUCGCGCUGCUGUUAACCGCGGGCAUAGUGUCGAGUACGAUUUAGUCUUACUGUUGGUUGGCAGUUUGAAUUGAACUUUUGUAACGAUUUUGUUGUGCGAGUCCGGUAGGAUCCUUCUGGGAGAUAGAGUGUCCAUCGACUAUUCAAAGUAAUGCCUGGUUCCCUUUGGAUCCUUUGUAUUGCUCUUGCCAAACGCUAAGCAUUGUCGAAGUGGUAUGCAUUGUUCGUUGGUUUUGUUUGAUUUUGCGAUGACCCUUUCAGGAGCAGAGACAAACACGUCUCUCUGUCCAUUUUCGCGUAACUCCAAAUAAUCCUUUAGUGUCGGUUACUUUCCAUUCACUUUUUUUCGUCGUUGCAUAACGGAAUAGCAGCAGUGGUGAUGAUUUGUGACGGUUUAGUCCAUUAGAUUGGCUGCAAGCAGCUUCACAAUUGCCCCGUUGGCGGGAGUUUAUAAUUGAAAAUAAGUCAGGAUUCGGAAAAAGGCAAAAAAUCACACAAACGAAAACGUCCGGAAAGCAAACAACACCAAAAAAAGGAGCGUUUCGUCAUACACAGAAGUAUCCCUGUGGCUUUUUUUCGAAUGUGACAUCGGCUGUCGUUUUUGCUUGGCCUCUAUUUCGGCAGCGGAUUUGUGUGCGAUUUAAGUGAGGAAAUCAAAGAGGAAAUUGAAUUUUCGUUUUUUUGCUUCUCGCUGUCGGUUGACGGUUUGAAAUUCUGGAUCCUGAUCCUUGUCCGGUUUGUGUUUUUGUGCGGAUGGUGUUAGAUGUGUCUGUGAAAUGUGCAGUCGUGAGUUAACUCUUUGGAUUGGUGACGAUAUUCGAUUUCGAUAGUGAAAAGCUGCAUGUCAUCGUUGUAGUCACGUGAAAGUCACGAGAGCGUGCAACGUGUAAACACUUUGCGUACAACAAAAUGUUGCGAACAUUUACCCUGGUUAAGUUGGUUAUUGUUCUAACUUAUGUAAAUGGCAUCAAGGGUAGCUGGGAGGAGUGGUGGACAUAUGAUGGCAUAUCCGGACCAGCAUUUUGGGGCCUUAUUAAUCCACAAUGGAAUAUGUGUAACAAAGGACGUAGACAGUCACCAAUCGACGUGGAACCAGAAAAAUUACUUUAUGAUCCACAUUUGCGAUCUUUACACAUAGAUAAACAUAAGGUCUCGGGUAUGCUACACAAUACGGGUCAGUCCUUGGUCUUCCGUGUCGAUAAGGAUACAAAGCAGCACGUCAACAUCUCUGGAGGGCCACUUGCCUAUCGAUAUCAGUUUGAGGAAAUUUACAUCCAUUACGGAACGGAGAACAGCCAAGGGUCGGAACAUCACAUUCACGGCUAUAGCUUCCCAGCUGAGAUUCAAUUAUACGGAUUCAACAAGGAGCUCUACCACAAUAUGUCCGAAGCGCAGCACAAAUCACAGGGAAUAGUUGGAAUUUCGCUAAUGGUCCAAAUUGGCGAUACACCUAAUCCAGAACUGAGAAUUAUUACAAGUACAUUUAGUAAAGUUUUAUUUCGAGGUUUUUCAACGCCCAUUAGACAUAUUUCACUUCGAUCUCUGUUGCCAAACACUGAACACUACAUGACUUAUGAAGGCUCAACAACGCAUCCAGGAUGCUGGGAGAGUACUGUCUGGAUUAUCAUUAAUAAACCUAUUUAUAUAACUAAACAAGAGCUUUAUCAACUUAGACGACUUAUGCAAGGAUCCGAGCAAACGCCAAAAGCUCCUCUAGGAAAUAAUGCUAGACCACUUCAACAAUUACAUCAUAGAACUAUAAGAACUAAUAUAGACUUUAAAAACAGUAAGAAUCAAAAUUGUCCUACAAUGUAUAAAGACAAAUACUAUCGGGCGAACAAGUGGCCAGUAGACUCUGGAAUCCUAAUGCGGGGACGGGAGCGAAGUCUUUCCGAAAUCGACACCGUGUUCCAUUCAGUGCACUAGUUAAGAAUCGUAACCACCAAACUAUACUAGAAAUUACAAUACUGUAAUCCUCAUAUAUAUAAACAUUAAUACCUAACGAACUAUUCGGCUAUGUCAGUUUCGCUUUGAGUUUUCCAGUAACACAAGCCUAUCGGGUUUUUGAAAACCGCGCAAAUAAGCGCAGCUUUUGUCUUCGUUUAUAAUGAUUGGUAUCCUUUAUGUUUUUAUGUUUCCCAGUAACAAGACCAUAUUACAGCAGCGCUCAUUUGGAGGAAACGCAACAUUCCACGUUAUUCUACUAUAAAUACAAAAGAUAAUUGAAAAGUUAUUGUAAAAUUAUUACCCAGUAAAUUUGACAGGAGUUAUAGACGAAGCAAACCACACUAAACACUUAACAAUGUAACUAUUUCACAAAGGAUUCGACAAGCCAUUGUGAAGGGGCGGACAAUAAAAAUAACAUGCAUACAAAGAAACGAGGAUAUUAUUUAUAUAAACUAUAUUAAGGAAGUACAUAUACAUACAAUUUAAGGAGUAUUCUGUUAAGAUCCAUAGCGAAACCUAAUAUAAAUAUAAGCAUCACUUGUAAACGUUUGAAUGGAGCCAUUUUGAUUUGUGAAUUCAGAUCUUUGUAUCUUUUCUCCGUCUUUAGCUUGGCCUGAAGCUUUCAACGACAAUUUGUAUAGGAAUUGGAAUAAAUUCAAUACUGAUGCAAGUAGUAUACUACGUAUGAAAAACUGGCAGACGCUAGACGACGAAGUUUGAGAUAGAGUUCAUUUUCUGCAUUCUAGAUAGCUGGCCUUUAUUAUAUGCUGAAAAACGGAACAGGUAUGUACUCGUAUGUAUAUAAGACGCGCAACGAAAGCCAGUAAUCUCGAAAAUAUAUUCAAUUUCGCAUUAAAUUCCAAUUCUCAACCGUUCCUUUACAUUGUUAAGAUAAAUUCGGAAAACUGCCGUAAAGGAUUCGGGUUCUGUUAAAAGAAAGAUAAUAUCUCUGCCAAAAAUUAUAGAAAAAAAUCUAUAUCUUCAGAGUUUUGUGUCAAACCAAUUUAAAUAAUUGGAGCCUACGCCUCCACUAGAAAAUUUGUUCAGAAUAUUGAUUUUGAAAAAUGCAAUUAAAUACCGGAGUCAAUUAGUCUCGAACUUAGCUGAAUACUAAACCAUAGGCUUUCAGGCUUCAAAGGAUUACUUGCAAUUAUUCAUCCGGUCCUCCAGUACCUCCGCGAUGAGUUAUUUCUUAUGACUAAUGUAUUGUGGGCGCAUGGGACGUAUUAAUAUGUAUAUAAGCCAUAAUUAUUCAAAAUGGCGCAAUCAUUAAAAACUGCAGUCGCUUCUGUGUAGCCAAUUCUAUAGAGAACCGCAUUCGGUACGCCGAGCAAGGAUGCCGAUUAAAAAAAUUAAAUUAGUUAUGAAAUAUGUAUAAACAACGACACGAUACCCACUGAUACUAAUAUACCAAACGCUAGCGAAUUCUGUUGUUGGUCCGUGCGUCUCUGCUGAUGUUCAACUAAUAUUAAUAUUCGUGUAAAUUUUGUAAAUGAUUGAAAUAUAAAGUAAUUAUAUUUAUAUGAAAUAUGAAAUACGAAAUAUGAAACAACACUAAUAUACGUGCAUAAUGGGAUAUUUUAGUAUAUAGGCAAGUUGAUUAGUUGUAAGUUGAGUAUGAUUUUCGCUGCUAUUGUGUAGCCAAUUGUAUUGAUGAAGAGA